CUCUGGGCACUCAGACCCAGCUCUGGCAGCACCAUGAAGUCAGGGGGCCUCUUUCUCCUCCUGGGGCUCGUCACCCUCUGGACAGCACUACAGGGGGCACCUACAGAAAGGAUCUCACACGCAACUUCUCCUGUCUUUGCUGUUGACCCAGGAAAGGACGUAGCAAAAGAUGUGCCCGAAGCAGAACCUGGAUUGAGUGAAAACCCUGCAACUGUUGCAAAAGAGUCUGGCGCCGGAGGUGAUGGCUCUGAUGGGACGGAUAUUCGCACUUAUGAGAAUGAUGACUCUGAUGGGGAUGAGGAGGACUCCCACCUGCGAGUCGGUGGUUCUGAUGUGGGAGAUUCCAUGGGGAACAACAACUUCGAUGGAGCUGAUGCUGAUGCUGGCCUAAGGGAUGGUGGCUCAGAUGAGGCCGAUGAGUUUGAUGGGGAAGAUGAUUCUAAUGUGAGACGUAUUCGCUCUUAUGACGAUGUUGUUGGGUACGAUGACUUUGACGGGGGAGAUGACUAUGCUGACUUGCAGGAUGAUGAUACCGAUGACUUUGACGGGGGAGACGACGAUUCUGACUUGCAGGAUGACGGCGCCGAAGGGGACGAAGAUCUAGAUGGGGGAGACGAUGAUUCUGACUUGCAGGAUGACGGCGCCGAAGGGGAUGAAGACCUUGACGGGGGAGACGACGAUUCUGACUUGCAGGAUGACGGCGCCGAAGGGGAUGAAGACCUUGACGGGGGAGACGACGAUUCUGACUUGCAGGAUGACGGCGCCGAAGGGGAUGAAGACCUUGACGGGGGAGACGACGAUUCUGACUUGCAGGAUGACGGCGCCGAAGGGGAUGAAGACCUUGACGGGGGAGACGACGAUUCUGACUUGCAGGAUGACGGCGCCGAAGGGGAUGAAGACCUUGACGGGGGAGACGACGAUUCUGACUUGCAGGAUGACGGCGCCGAAGGGGAUGAAGACCUUGACGGGGGAGACGACGAUUCUGACUUGCAGGAUGACGGCGCCGAAGGGGAUGAAGACCUUGACGGGGGAGACGACGAUUCUGACUUGCAGGAUGACGGCGCCGAAGGGGAUGAAGACCUUGACGGGGGAGACGACGAUUCUGACUUGCAGGAUGACGGCGCCGAAGGGGAUGAAGACCUUGACGGGGGAGACGACGAUUCUGACUUGCAGGAUGACGGCGCCGAAGGGGAUGAAGACCUUGACGGGGGAGACGACGAUUCUGACUUGCAGGAUGACGGCGCCGAAGGGGAUGAAGACCUUGACGGGGGAGACGACGAUUCUGACUUGCAGGAUGACGGCGCCGAAGGGGAUGAAGACCUUGACGGGGGAGACGACGAUUCUGACUUGCAGGAUGACGGCGCCGAAGGGGAUGAAGACCUUGACGGGGGAGACGACGAUUCUGACUUGCAGGAUGACGGCGCCGAAGGGGAUGAAGACUUUGAUGGGGAUAGUGAUAAUUUUGAGUUUUGAGGGGAAUUUCUUCAGACCCCACUGACCUUGACACAGAACCUAUCAGAUCAUCUUGCAAAAUAUUCCUUCUACAUCACUUAAAGAGCCUCGCUUUCCUGUGUGAUUUUUCCAGCUCUCCCUUUUCUUUUACUAGUGGUUGCCUGGGAACAUGCUGCCUCAUCGAUGAUGGGGUUACUGGUCAGGGAUCAGUCUCUGGGUGAAGGAAACCAGUGAUCAGGGAUCUUUUCUCUGGCCUGAGGAAGGUGCAUUGGGGUUCUCUCUCUGGGCUCUCACUCCAAGCUCGUCACUGUAGUGUCUGAGCACUUUGGGUCAGAUUCCAGCUCAUUUUAUUCUUGAAAUAAAUUUUCUUUCUUAUUGAAUCUUUCCUGAUGGGUUGCCUGGCCUCUGCGCUGAUGUCCUCCACUCCCAGCAGUGUUCCAGGUUCAGGCCAAUUCUUCUGAAAUACCUGUCCCAUCGCACGGUGCAUCCAGAUCCAUUCCCUCCAGACCGUGUAGGCUGGGGCUGGCGCCAGUGCUCUCAUCUGGGAGAUGAAAUUCGGAGUAGAAGGAAAGCUCUUUUACUUAAUUCCCCUUUUACUGUGGCUUCCUCUGCAUAGGUCAGCCAGACCUUCUGCUAAGAGUGAUCGUAGCUUUGGUUUAAUGUCUGAUACCGCCUCUGCUGGUGCCCUAUGGAGUAAAUGGGAUGAACGAGUCAAGGGACUUUUCCAUCUCUAAUUUCUGGGACUUUCUUUUCCAAUGGACUGUAUUCACUGAGGGACAACCUGUCCUCAAUUCUCAGCUACUGAGGGUGCACUGCACUUACUGCUACUGUCAGUACAACCACUAGUGAGGGAGAUACCAAAACAUUUGGAUGCUAAUAUCUAAACUGAAUCCUUACAUUUGUUAACCAUAAUUGGGGAUAUAGCAGAUUACGUACUAUAUUGAUGUGAUGGAUUUUAAGCCAAAUUUUGUACCUUGGGAUAAUUUGCGCAUUCCACCCAGACGUACAGAUGCUCUGCCCUUAACCUGUGUAUCAGAUCAUUUUAACAUGAAUGUUAAUAAAAUCUUUAAAUCUGA